GUCUUCACGUUGGGUAGAAUUGGUCAGAACAAAAUUGAAUUAUAAUCCUCCAAAGGAUGAUGGCUCAACAUACAAGAUUGAACUUGAAGGGAUAUCUGUUGAUAUCAUGAAAGAGAUUCUAGAUUACAUCUUCAGUGGGCAGAUCAGGCUAAAUGAAGAAACUAUCCAAGAUGUGGUACAGGCAGCUGAUCUCCUGCUGCUUACAGACUUAAAAACUCUCUGCUGUGAGUUUUUAGAAGGUUGCAUAGCUGCUGAGAACUGUAUUGGUAUUCGGGACUUUGCACUGCACUAUUGUUUGCAUCAUGUUCACUACCUUGCCUCAGAGUAUCUGGAAACUCACUUUCGAGAUGUCAGCAGCACAGAGGAAUUCUUGGAACUGACUCCUCAAAAACUGAAAGAAGUGCUGUCGAUGGAAAAGCUCAAUGUUGGAAACGAAAGAUACGUCUUUGAAGCAGUGAUUAGGUGGAUUUCUCAUGAUUCAGAAUCAAGAAAGGUUCACAUGAAGGACGUCAUGUCAGCAGUGUGGGUUUCGGGCCUGGAUGCAGCGUAUUUACGUGAGCAGAUGAUGAGUGAACCACUGGUACGGGAGAUCGUCAAAGAAUGCAACAAUAUUCCCCUCACGCCGCCCCAGCAGGGAGAGGCGAUGCUGGCCUCCUUCAAGCCCCGGGGUUACUCGGAGUGUAUAGUGACUGUUGGUGGAGAAGAACGGGUAUCACGGAAACCAACCUCAGUGAUGCGGUGUAUGUGUCCUCUUUAUGACCCCAAUAGACAGCUCUGGAUUGAACUUGCUCCUAUGAGUAUUCCAAGGAUCAAUCAUGGAGUAUUGUCAGCAGAAGGAUUUUUAUUUGUGCUUGGUGGUCAGGAUGAAAACAAGGGAACACUAAGCUCUGGAGAGAAGUAUGAUCCAGAUACCAAUUCGUGGAGUUCCUUACCACCAAUGAAUGAGGCACGGCAUAAUUUUGGUGUGGUAGAAAUUGAUGGAAUUCUGUAUAUUCUGGGAGGUGAGGACGGUGAAAGGGAGCUAAUCUCUAUGGAGAGCUAUGAUAUUUAUAGCCGGACCUGGACCAAGCAGCCAGACUUGACCAUGGUUAGAAAGAUUGGCUGCUAUGCAGCUAUGAAGAAGAAAAUCUAUGCAAUGGGUGGAGGCUCCUACGGAAAACUCUUUGAGUCUGUUGAAUGUUAUGACCCCAGGACUCAGCAGUGGACAGCAAUCUGUCCUCUGAAAGAGAGAAGAUUUGGGGCAGUGGCCUGCGGAGUUGCCUCUGAGCUUUAUGUAUUUGGCGGGGUCAGGAGUCGUGAUGACAGUCAAGCCAGUGAGAUGGUGACGUGCAAAUCUGAAUUUUAUCAUGAUGAGUUUAAGAGGUGGAUUUAUCUAAAUGACCAGAGCCUAUGUAUCCCAACUAGUUCUUCCUUCGUGUAUGGAGCUGUGCCCAUUGGAGCCAGCAUAUAUGUGAUUGGAGAUCUCGAUACAGGUAAAAAUUAUGACUAUGUUAGAGAAUUUAAAAGAAGCACGGGGACCUGGCAGCGCACUAAACCACUAUUUCCAUCGGACCUUCGCCGUACUGGCUGCGCAGCUUUGCGGAUCGCAAACUGCAAGCUCUUUCGACUGCAGCUUCAACAAGGAUUAUUCCGCAUUCGCGUACCUUCUCCGUGAUCCCUAUGCUGACAGUGGAGGAGACUGGAAGAAUUCUGCACAGUCCACCAUAAUAUAGCUCUAUAUAAAGGAAAAGCUGAGAAAUUACAGCUGAAACUUACACUGUAUGCUGUGCUUUGGUAUGGUAACUGUUUUUGUUUUAAAUGCUUAAAAAGCUUGAGUCUCAGUUCUUGUUUCGGGAACAAAUAACUUAAGUAUACAUUAAAAAGAAGAGGGGGGGGGAGAUAAAAGGGGGGGAUCAAGGAAACACCUUCAGUCGUAACUAUUUGGAGUUUAAACCGUGUUAUUGAAGGAGGUUUUUUGUGUCUGAAACCGGUGGGAAUUGAUAUUCCAUUGGCAAAGUUUAUUGAAAAGCAAAAAAGAUUUAAGA